AUGUCUACUCCUGAUGUUUCGGUCCCUCUGGGAUACGGACCUGCUCAUCUUGAGAUGCUUUUGUUUCGAUACGUCGAGACCUUGUCCCUCCGACACGCCCUUAGGGUGUUGGAACGUUGGCCUGAAAAUUCUCCUGUGGGACAGUAUGCAGCUAAAGUUCUACGUGAGCUUCCUGCGAAUUACUUUCAGCAGCCAAGACUUCUACCCACUGGGCCACGUUUUGUCUAUGUGAAUGGCGUGCUAGAACUGAAACGUAUCGAUCAAGCCUUGCCUAUGGACCAACUCCACCCUGACUCAACCACCGGAUGUGUUGGCGCUGUGAUUGGGAAUGUACUCUCGUCUCCCUUGGAGCAGCGACGCCUUCGACCCCUCAACAGCUUCAUGAUUUUCAGAAGCUUUUGUGCUCCCAUGUUCCCUGGGAUCCCACAGAAAGUAAAGUCGAUGGCCAUCAGUGAAAUGUGGCAAGACGACACUUUGAAGUCCCACUGGGCUGUCCUCGCCAAGGCCUAUACGGUUAUCCGUGAUCAUUUCCAUGUCGACACCCCCUCACUGUCUGCAUUUGUUGACCUUUGCCUGCCUUUGAUGGGUUUCCUGUCCCGUCAGCAGUACCUCACCCUGUCUGGUUGGAUUGUCCAGCCCAGUGGCACUAGCCUCAGCCUGCGCAAGAUCGGUACCUCACGCCUGGAUACUCUACACCCUCCCAUCAUUGCUGUUGACCAAGUCGUCAAGCACUGCACCGCCAACAACUACGCCCAGAAACGCGAUGAAGAGUGGCACAAGCACAUUCUCGAGAACGGAGCCGUGUUUGCCGUGGACCCUUCUUUUUCAGCUACCAUCCCGGAACCUCAGAACUGGGUGUUCAACGACGUUCCUCAAUGGCCAAUUGAAGAAUUUGAAGUUGACGAGAUGUACUCCACCCUUGAUACCGAGCGCGACCUGGGCCUUCCUGUCAUCUAUGAUCCCAACAAGCCCCCCGGUUUCGCUGACACUGCGGCAACCCUUGGUCGAAUCUUCGGGAAUAACUAG